AUGGUCAACAUACUAGUGCUAGGAGCCAUUUUUACCGGCCUCAACGGUAUUGGCCUCUGGCAUUCCAUUCCAUUUACUGGAAUCACACCUUCCAACACUUUCUUUUGGCGAGGUCUCAACUCUCUGGAAAUUGUGUAUUCCAUUCACACCUUGCACAAAGUUCACCCUUUGGUGUUCCCCGAUUACGACAAACCCUCGGAUUACGACCUCCUGCAGCAACUUUCACUCGAUGUUAAACAGUACGAGAAAGCCAGGCUGGCCCUGCAAAACUCGGCUAAUGCAGUACCACAACACCUCCACAACACAGAAUCCACAACGACAAUGUUAGACCUGGGUGCCGCGGCGAUGCCCGCCUCGUUCUACUUGAACAAUGGCUCGACAACGGAGCUCAACCACCAACAACCGCAGCAGUUCAACUCAGCCCAGGACCACACGGUGUUUCUCACGUUCAUUUCUAUUCUCAUUUUUGUUAUUCUCGGAAUGCAGAUGAUGGGCUUUACGGUGACGAAAAACACCAAGCAGCACGUCGAGGACCUCCACUACGAUUACAUCAAAGGAAUGAGGGUCAUGCAAGAACAAUUCGGUAUCUUGAUGUUCGAGAUCCAAAAGCUUCAAAUACAACAUGAACAAGUACGGCCUGCUGUCAUUCACCUGGCAGAUUCCAUCGCAAACUCCUCGGCCGACCUCCAAAAUUGUCUGUUGCAUAUUGUUGGUAUGAUGGAUAACAAAUACACAUCCAGCAUGAUUGACAUUGAGUCCAAAUUGGACGAGGUCGGUGAACAACACCUGAAUUUGAUGAAAAAUACUGAAAGUUUCCCGCAGAUUCCGAGACAGUUGGCUUGGCUUAACAUAUUGAUGGCGAAGACCAUGUCUAGCGAUCUACCUGAAGGAUUGCACCCGCCUUUGGAUUUAAGCAAGAGCCCUACCCCCGAGCAGAUGGAUGGAGGUUACAAUCGCAGCUCCCCCCAACUGGGCCCCAAACAGGACAAAUAUGAGAAUUCAUUUAUUAGUUAG